AUGGCGGAAAACAAAGGAGGAGGAGGCGGCGGUGGCGGGGAGGGGGCCGUGGAGGCCGCGCCGGCCGGGGGUGGUCCCGAGCCCGCCGCUACGGCCACUGUCGUUGUCACCUCUGUGGCGGCCGCGGCGUCCCCGCCCCCUCCGGCUCCCGCCCCUUCUGAGGAGAGGGAGAGCCCCGCCGCGGUGGUCCUGGCUGCGGCGGCGGACAAGGGCCCGGGGGAGGCCGAGGCCGCGGCGCUGGUGGUGGUGAGCGGAGGCACGGGCUCUGGCCCGGCGCCGCUGGGCCCUAGCCCCGCGCCUCCUGCACUGUCCAGCGCCGCGCCGGGCCCGCUGUCGCUGCUGGACACCUGCGCGGUCUGCGCCCAGAGCCUGCAGAGCCGGGAGGCCGAGCCCAAGCUUCUGCCUUGCCUGCACUCCUUUUGCCGCCGCUGCUUGCCGGAGCCUGAGCGCCAGCUCAACGUGCCCGUGCCCGGUGGCGCCAACGGGGACAUCCAGCAGGUUGGUGUAAUCAGGUGUCCGAUCUGUCGCCAGGAAUGCAGACAAAUAGAUUUGGUAGAUAAUUACUUUGUGAAAGACACAUCUGAAGUACCGAGCAGCUCUGAUGAGAAAUCUGAACAGGUGUGUACCAGCUGUGAUGAUAAUUCCAGUGCUGUUGGAUUCUGUGUAGAAUGUGGUGAAUGGCUGUGCAAAACAUGCAUAGAAGCCCACCAGCGAGUAAAAUUUACUAAAGAUCACAUGAUCAGAAAGAAGGAAGAUGUUUCUUCAGAGGCUGUUGGAGCAUCCGGGCAACGUCCUGUGUUUUGUCCUGUCCACAAGCAAGAACAGUUAAAACUUUUUUGUGAAACCUGUGACAGAUUGACAUGCAGAGACUGUCAGUUAUUGGAGCAUAAAGAGCAUAGGUAUCAGUUUUUGGAAGAAGCAUUUCAGAAUCAAAAAGGUGCUAUUGAAAAUCUGUUAGCCAAACUCCUUGAAAAGAAGAAUUAUGUUAACUUUGCAGCUACUCAGGUGCAAAAUAGGAUAAAAGAAGUAAAUGAAACUAACAAGCGAGUAGAACAGGAAAUCAAAGUUGCUAUUUUUACCCUCAUUAAUGAAAUCAAUAAAAAGGGGAAAUCUCUCUUACAGCAGCUUGAGACUGUGACAAAAGAGAGACAGAUGAAACUAAUACAACAGCAGAAUGAUAUCAAUGGUCUGUCACGGCAAGUGAAACAUGUGAUGAACUUUACCAAUUGGGCUAUUGCAAGUGGCAGUAGCACUGCUUUGCUUUAUAGCAAGCGACUGAUCACGUUCCAAUUGCGACAUAUUUUAAAAGCACGAUGUGAUCCCGUACCAGCUGCUAAUGGAGCAAUACGCUUCCAUUGUGAUCCCACUUUCUGGGCAAAGAAUGUAGUCAACUUAGGUAAUCUUGUUAUUGAAAAUAAACCAACCCAAGGUUACACUCCUAACGUAGUAGUGGGACAAGUUCCCCCAGGAACAAACCACAUCAGCAAACCUCCAGGGCAAAUUAAUCUUGCACAACUUCGACUUCAGCAUAUGCAACAGCAGGUGUACGCACAAAAACACCAGCAGUUACAACAGAUGAGGAUGGGGCAGCCAGCAGGGCAGCUUCCCCGUCAGGCAGGCCCACAGAUGCUACAGCAACAGCCUCCUAGAUUGAUAAGUAUGCAGACCAUGCAGCGGGGUAUGAAUUGCGGUGCUUUCCAAGCCCACCAGAUGAGAAUGGCUCAGAAUGCAGCUCGUCUCCCAGGGAUACCACGGCACAACGGGCCCCAGUACUCCAUGAUGCAGCCACAUUUACAAAGACAAGUAUAUGCUCAUUCAAACCCAGGACAUGCAGGGCCUUUUCCAGUUGUUUCGGUGCACAAUAAUACUAUCAAUCCAACAAGCCCUACUACAGCCACCAUGGCCAAUGCUAACCGUGGCCCAACAAGUCCAUCUGUAGCAACAAUAGAGCUUAUUCCCUCUGUAACAAACCCAGAAAACCUUCCUUCUCUGCCGGAUAUUCCUCCCAUUCAGCUGGAAGAUGCCGGUUCCAGUAACUUGGAUACUUUAUUAAGCAGAUACAUUGCAGGCAGCCACUUGCCCCCCCAGCCUAUAAGCAGCAUGAAUCCUUCCCCUGGGCCAUCGGCUCUAUCUCCAGGAUCAUCAGGUUUAUCAAAUUCUCACAUCCCUGUGAGGCCACCCAGUACUUCCAGUACAGGCAGUCGAGGCAGCUGUGGUUCGUCAGGCAGAACAGUUGAAAAGAAUAAUAUUAGUUUCAAGACUGACCAUGUGAAAGUUAAGCAAGAGCCUGGCACAGAAGAAGAGGUAUGCAGUUUCUCAGGACCAGUAAAGCAAGAAAAAUCAGAGGAUGGCAGAAGGAGUGCCUGCAUGCUCAGCAGUCCUGAGAGCAGCUUGACUCCACCUCUUUCCACAAACUUGCAUCUUGAAAGCGAGUUAGAAGCAUUGGGAAGUAUUGAAAACCAUGUUAAAACUGAACCAGCAGACUUGAGUGAAAGCUGCAAACAAUCUGGACACAGUCUUGUCAAUGGCAAAUCUCCAGUGCGCAGCCUCAUGCACCGAUCAGCUCGGACUGGAGCAGAAGGCAACAACAAAGAUGAUGAUCCCAAUGAGGACUGGUGUGCUGUGUGCCAAAAUGGAGGAGAUUUGUUAUGUUGUGAAAAGUGCCCCAAAGUUUUCCACCUCACAUGUCAUGUACCUACUCUCCUCAGCUUUCCAAGUGGAGAGUGGAUAUGUACAUUUUGCCGAGAUCUAAUGAAACCUGAAGUAGAGUAUGAUUGUGACAAUUUGCAGCACAGUAAGAAGGGGAAAACUGCACAAGGUUUGAGUCCUGUGGACCAAAGGAAAUGUGAACGCCUCCUCCUCUACCUGUAUUGUCAUGAGCUAAGCAUUGAAUUCCAGGAGCCAGUCCCAGCCUCGAUACCAAACUACUAUAAAAUAAUAAAGAAACCAAUGGAUUUAUCUACAGUAAAAAAGAAACUACAAAAGAAGCAUUCCCAGCACUACCAGACACCUGAAGACUUCGUGGCAGAUGUGCGGCUGAUCUUCAAGAACUGUGAAAGGUUUAAUGAAAUGAUGAAAGUUGUUCAAGUUUAUGCAGAAACACAAGAGAUUAAUUUGAAGGCUGAUUCAGAAGUAGCACAGGCAGGGAAGGCAGUUGCAUUAUACUUUGAAGAUAAACUUACAGAGAUCUACCCAGACAGGACCUUCCAGCCACUACCUGAAUUUGAGCAAGAAGAGGAUGAUGCUGAAAUUACAGAUGACUCUGAUGAAGAUUUUGUACAGCCACGUAGAAAACGUCUAAAAUCAGAUGAGAGACCAGUGCAUAUAAAGUAACCUGAUUAAAAUGGACCUAAACUGUUGUAAAAAGCAAAAACAAACAUAUUUAAGUGUUUCUGGAAUAUUAUCAUGCCUUCAGUGGCCAUCUUAAUGAAGCUGAUAGUGUUCAGACAGUAUUAGAUUACAAAAAAGCAUUUGUGCAGAAACGUUCUUGUCAAAAAAGGGGGGGAAGCUUUCCAUUUUUGCUUUUUUUAGUGUUUGGAUUUCCUUUUCCACUGAGAAUACCCUGUCAUUUCUCAAACACAGAGGUGUGAGAUGAAGACAAUGCAGAUUUUAUAUGAUAUUUGUAUGAAAAGUGAACUCUUUCACUGCUUAGUAAUUUCUGCAAGACUUGGACCAAGGCAGUCAUGUUUCGCUUUUCAUGCAGUUCAGCAGUCUUGAGCUGCAAUAUACUUCCUGAACAUCCUCUUCAUGCGAUCCCUAAUUGUGAACUGGAUUGUGUUUAAUCAUCGUCUCAGCUAAAUGGUAUUGCAAAUACCAUAUUCCCUGUUGGAUCAAAUAGCUAGGUUCUGCUUUUCUUUACUGGCCUUGUGUAGAAGUACCAUAACUUGAUCAUUAAACCAUUUUGAAUUGGAGAAUGCAGGAGUGAGAGUUCUUCAUAUACAUUAAGUAUGGUUGAAAUUAAUGUUUUUCAAUAGGAUUCAGAGGGUUCAUGGUGUUGAAUGGAAGUCCUAUGCACACAACACUUAAGUGAGUUUCCUCUUGGAAUUUAAUCCUAUUUUUCUCCCCAUAAGAUGCAGGAUGUUGGCUGUGAUACUGGUUACAUAGUUUUUAGUAUUUUAAAAAUUAGGCUAUGAUAUUAAUAACUGGUGACUAUCCAGUCUUCCCUAAUACCAGUUUCUGAUAGAUCACUAUCAGCAAACAAUAACUUUGUCAAUUACCAAAUGUGUAAAAUUUCUUGUAUUCACUCUGUCUUAUUUGUAAAUAGUGGUACUGUAAAUCUUUUCAGGACAGCAACAUUUGCUGUGCUGUUUUUAAGCUAAUAUGUAUUCUUACUAUUGUUCCUAAUCAAGAAGAGAUUUGUAAUACGUUGUCUAUUUCUAAAACUGUGUUCAUAGUUUGAAGUUCUAUAUUGUUUUGUUAGAGCUACUCAGAGUUUUCUUCAGAAGCAGCUUAAGUGAAAUAUCUAAGGGAAAAGAAAAUGAGCCCACUGAAACAGUUACUUGUCUAUACUUAGAACAGAAGACUGGCAUAUAUAGUGCCUCAGACAAGUGAUCUGUGAUUAGAUGGUAUUGGCUUGCCCCAGUGGGAGAUAAUGUGUAUGUAAGCAGGCUCUUCAGUUCUUCCUCAAAGGUAACAUUAAGGUUAGAAAUAUCCUUGGAUUUUUGUAAUUUAGCUCUGAACAGGUAAAAUCCCACAUAUGCUUGGCCUAGUCCUGAUUGGACAGCACCUGGGAAUUCAGUUUUAAGUUUUUGUUAUGCCAGUUUGAAUGAAUGAAGACCGUAUUGAGGUGACCAAAAUAUAGUUUGCUGGGUUUUUGGGGGGUAGCAAAUGGCUAAAUUUUUAACAUGUGUAAUGAGCAUAAUUCAUCAUGACAUGUAAAUUUAAUUAAUCCAUACAGGAAAGAUUACUAGCUAUUAUUGCACAACAUGUUAACUCUGUUAUGCGUUGCAGAAUUUUAAUGUAAAUGUCAGUUUUAAUUUUCCAUAUACAGACAAAGUAAAAGUGGAACACAGUAUGUGGUAAAGAUGUGGAAAAUAUUUAAGGAAGUGCAUGGCUUUUGAUUCAGUUCCUUUAACCAUCUUUAAAAUUGAUUUAAAGCAGAAUUGAAUUGAAACAAUUCUAGAACUUACAAAGUAUACUCAUAAGGCAUUUGUCUAGCAAAUGAAGUAAUUUAAAAUUGUCUGUAUUAGAAUGUAGUUAAUAGUUGCCCUAUUUAAUAGCCUAGACAUAUAUUACUUUCCCUAAGAGAAAUUCAACAUAGUAAUAAUGGAAAUGAAUCUCCAGCUCAUGCCUACCUUAUACCUUUCAGUACACAGAAAACAAUAUUCACCCUGGACUACAUUAUACAUCUGGGCUGUCCUGACCUCAGAAAAGCACCUGCCCUCCCACCCCAAGUAUGGGUUCAUGAUGUUGGGGAAUUUCCAUGGCCAAAUAAACUCAGCACAAUCCAGUUUUAAUGUUUCCCUUCAUGUGUUUUUCUGGGAAGAUGAGUGUGGACCUGAGACUUGAUCUCUUACUGUGUUGGCUUUCCAGCCAGGUCCUAUGAAAGUUUUGUAUGUGCACUUAAAAUUGACAUUUUGGGAAAUUGCUGAUCGGCCGUAAGGAAAACUAGAACAAAAUGCAUAAUAGCUUCACUGGGAGAGAGUUUAAUGCUAUUGUGCAUCAUAUUUUCUGGUGUGACUCAGUUUGUAUUUGAAUAUGUGCCAUUAAACUUAAAUUUUCUAGUUUCUUUGGCACCUAGAGAUUUUGUCUUCUGUACUUUAAAAAAUAUUUUAUAAGCUGGUUUUCCAUAUUAUCUGAAAGCUGCUAUCUGAUCGUCCAAGUUUUAAGCUAUCCUCAGUACUGUUAGGCUAAUUCCAUGUCUCCAUGCUACAUAUAAUAGAAGAUUUACUCUUCUGGGGAGUUAAUUAAACUUUAAAAUCCGCUGUAUCCCCCUCCUGCAAGCAACUUUUGGCAUUUGACAUGGUUUGAUUUGUGCAACCUUGCAGAGUUUAGUACUAAGAGAAAAUGAUAGUGUUCUCAAAUUGUAAGGAUACUUCUAUUUUGUACAAGAAAAUAAAUAAAUAGCCUUCUCAAACAAGUUAGUUUUUUUGUUGCUUUUUCCAUUUGGUAUUUGAAAGACAGUAGAUAAUCAGAAAAUCCUAUAUAGUUACCAGAUUCUAUUCAUGAAGCAUGUCUGAACUAGAUGAAUAAGUAUAUCUAGAUUUUAUGCAUUUUCCCAGAACAGAUGAUUCUGCCAGCCAAAGUAAUUCUUCUGCCAGCCUGUACCAUCAAUGGCAGCUCAUCACAAUUUUUGUUUAAAAUGUCCGCAGUCAGGACUCAGGAGCAGCCUCCAAUUUAGCAGGAUGUUUGUGCAAUAAUUCAGCAGUAGUGGGAUUGAUAACACGUCUUAUAUUAGAGAAGAGCUUCAUUGUAGAUACAAGUGGAGCUUCCCUGGCAUGUGACAUGGGUUUACCUGUGCUGCAUAAUUACAAUGUAUCUUCAAAUGUAUAAAAUGUUUCCAAGAUACUGAGUUGCUCUUAAGCUCUGAUCUUAAAUGUUCUUGUAAAAAAACCCCCUCCAAUCUCUUAGUUGUGUAUGUUUCUAAAGUUUAUGUUAAUCCAAAGAAGAAAAAGGCAGUUCGCUUUGAAACAGGAAGGACAAGUGUGCAGCAUGCUGACUGUGGACUUCUCAAUUACCUCAGCAGGUCCCCUGCCAUGUAAUUACUAGUGAUUAGUGUUAGUUUAACCAGCUAAGUAUGUUCAGGUCUUAAUUAACUGUGCCCUGGAAUUAAGUGUCCUAUCAUAUACUAUUAAGGCUGAGUUACUAUCCAAAAAAGGGUAUUUCCCCCCUAGCUUUUAAGUAGAAAUGCUGUUAAAUGUAGAUAGCUUUUUUCAUGUGAAAAGAUUCCAAUUAAUACUGUUUGGGGUGGUAUUGAGUGACAGCAUAUUCAGCACUUGAUAGAUAACAUGGAAUGUUUUAUAAACAUUCCGUUAAGCCACUGCAACCUAUGAAUAUUUUUGACAAAUCACCCCAAUUUGCCAUUCUGUUGUAUAACCUAGUUCAUUAGCCAGCCCUAUUUAAGUGUAGGUAAUGGCAACAGUAUGUUGAAGUCGAGUGUGUAAUGUGCUGGAUGUAGGCUUUUUUUCUUUUUCCUUCUCUUCCUUGGAAAAAGCAAUAAAACUGCUUUGUCUGUUGCCUAUUAGCAUGGCAGGAAUCCUUUCUUUUGGAUAGUGGUUUUAUAGGAAAGUUUUAUGUGUAUCACCCAAGUCUAGCUUUUAAAAAAAAUAAUAAUAAAGUGUGCAGUUAUAGUGUGGCAUUUUAUUUUAAAAAUUGGGGAAAGUUAACAUAUUUUUUUAAAAAGUAGGUGUUUGAGUAAAUAACGGAGGUACUUUUCUAAAAACUUUAUAUGCCACAAUUUACAUAGACCUAUUUCAGACUAACGCAUGAGACUUGUGAUGUCAGAUCUGGCCACCACAUUUUCCUUUUUCCAAAUUGCAUGCGCAGAAACUCCAUCUGUCGUAGCGCAGUUUGUGUUCGCCUACUUGUCCCCCCUCCCUUUUUUAAUGUAUCUGAAUAGAAAUAAUUUUGAAACGUAGUAAAUUUGGUUCUUAAUUUUGGUAGCUGAGUUACAAUAACAAAAUUUAUGCCCCUUUUUUAUUGGAGUGCUUUUUGCAGUUGAGGAGCUGCUGCUUUCAUUUAACAUGAUUUGUGACUUUGUAUAAAGAAAUGCAAAGAAUUUUUAGGUCUUUCAUUUGUUUCAGCAUUCCCCUUAGUGUGAACAUGAAUUUCGAAAUGGAAGAUGAUGCAUGUUUGUUAAAGGUCUGCAGAUGUGGGCAUUUCUUCAGUUCAAAAUGCCAUUAAACAUGUAUAUAACAGGUCUAUAAAGAUUUGUGCAAUUGAAAAACCUGUUUUAAUUUUAUAUGUAAACAUACAAAUCAAAGGGUUCAACUCCCAGCAUUCUUAAUUUCUUUCUGGUAAUUAAAACUGGUACUUUUUGCACAUAGUUGACUUUACUGAUUCUUCAGAAAAAGUGCUGUUUUUGUGGUAUUGUAUUCUCUGAAUAAUAUUUAAUUUUUUUAACAAGUUAACGUUCAAAAUUGUUCAGUUCCUGUGUUUUUGGCUGGUGUGUAAUAAAGGCAUUUUUUCCCUUUUACGUGAUUAUUUAAUACGUUUAGCAGCCUGUAAAUAUUUCUUGUUAAAUGCUCUGGAAUGUGGUGUAGCAGUUGUACUAGAACAAUUUUAAAAAACAUUGUUUGAAAACCACUUUGUUUUGGUUAUUUCUAUUAAAUUAGAAAAGGAAGAAUCUUU